UCUCCUUUUCGUCGUGGUUGCAGAGCUAGUGCCUGAUCGAUCAGGUGGUCUGAUCGUGUACCAAAGAAAGCAGGAAGGCGUGCCACCGAUGGCACGCGGUGAUGCCGUCCUCCGCAACGAUGACGAGUCCGCGUCGCUCUUGGACGACCACGGCGGGGCCGGGGGGUCUCCAGUCUCCGCCGCCGUGUCUCCACCGCCGCUCCCCGGGAUUAAGGCGAUGAGGAGGCCGAGGCACGGCGUCAUGAGUCUCAUACGCUCGCCCUUCGCCGCCGUCCUCCGGAUGACGACGUGCGCGCGUGAGGCCGCCAUCGGCACGAGCGACGAGCAGCCGAGCAGCGGCGACACGGCCGGGGUGGAGCGCCGCCGGGGGGCGAGGAGGAGGCCGAGCCUCGAGCAGCUCCUCAGGAUGGAGGCCGCGUCGCCGCCGCCGCCGCGUCCAGACCGCAAGAGCGAACCUGCUGCAGAUACGGCUCCUUCGCGCGACGUCGUCACCACCACCUGCACCACCGUGAAAGAGAAGCUGGCGCUCUCCCCAUCUAAAGGCCAUUCCACGGUGGCGGUGGUCGUCUCCGACGACGACAAGCGGCACGCCGCGGCCGUGCCUACUGUCAAGUCGGACGCACCCGCCGCCGCCGGCCGCCGGCCAACGAGCGCGAAGAGGCUGGUGGUCGUGUUCGAGUCCCUACGGGCGUGCUCGAGGGCACCGGGGAUUACCGUGGCGAUGUCGUUGACGAAGGGCCCGAACGGGAAGGUUGCUGCCGGCGGCGGCCGUGCUCCCGGCGAGCUGUUCUAUUACCGGCCCAUUCCGAUGGGGCGGAGGUGCCGGGUGCAGCACCUGGAGGAAUCUCCUUACAAGUGAUUCGUCAGUUGUCACACGGCUAGGGAGGGAUGCUCUGAAGCGGAUCGGAUGGCCGAUGGCAUGCAAAAUUUUCUUUCCUUUUCAUCUUUUUUGUUUUUAUAAAGUUGGGUGUGUAUUCUAUCAUAUCUUUAAGUGUUUAUACAAGACUCAUGUAUUUUAAAGACUCCUAUUUGAUUUUGCAGCAAUCCAACAGUAAGCAAAAAGGACUUGUUCGGCUC